GCUGUGGGGUCGGUGCAGGCAAGCCUCGACGUCCUCGGCGCGUUGGCGGACGUGGAGUUGGAGGAGCUGGCCACCAUUUUGAAGGAUGACACGUUGCACGCAGCUCUCGCGCAGCUGAACACCCAUGAUGGCAGUGCGCAGCACACGCAAAAGGAGCUGCGUGCGGCCAUGGCCACGCUUGUGACGAAGCUGACGAUCGCCAGCAGUCGGCUUUAUUUGAUGGGCACGGCCUUGCUGCCCCUGCUGCUCUGCACCUCGGACCCAGAGUGGUGGGUCGCCAACAUCCCGGAGGGCGCCUCCGACUCCACCUACCUCCAGGAGUGGCGCAGAAAGGGCAAGGAUGCCGACAGGAUGCAGAAAGCAGUGGCGGCCCUCCUUGCCGAGCAGCACGAGGAAGACAACCAGCGGGACCGCGGGAACGCAGCCACCACACUCUUCAAGAAAAGACCAGCGAUCCAGAAGGCUAGCUCCAGUCCGAGCCCUGCCCCUGCCAAGGGCGACAAGAAACGCAAGGCCUCAAGCUCUAGCUCCCAGGACGGGAAGAAAAAGAAGAAGGACAAGUCCAAGAAAGCAAAGACCUCCAAGAAGAAGCGCGCUAAGUCAUCCUCCUCGAGCUCAUCCUCAACCUCUAUCAAGAAAGACGCACAGAAGAAGGACAAGAAGAAGGACAAGAAGAAGCGAGAUGAGCGUUCCGCGUCCCCUUCCAAGAAUUCGCAUCGUUCUGCCACGGAGAAGGAGGUCCGCCUGAGCAUUCAUCGGAUCGGAGCUGUGUCGCCCGAGGGCAAAGCCAUUGUGAAAGAGACGGACCCCGUGGACAAGGUCCAGAUCAGCGACACCAACGAGACCGUAUCCUCAGUUGUGUUUCGACUUAUGGACGCCCAAGGCAGCCAGGCGGACUUUCCCAACUGGGACAUCCGCGUCAUGGACGACGACUUCGUGGUCCGCGCCUUGGACGCCGCCUCCGCCCUCGCCAGGGACAACCCCAAGGUUGUGCUCGUGCGCAAGGGAGGCUGA